UCCAUGAAAUCCCAGAAUGAAACUAUUGUCUCAGAAUUCUUCCUCUUAGGGCUCUCGGAUGACCCAGAACUACAACUCUUCCUAUUUGGGCUGUUUUUAUCAAUGUAUCUGGUCUGUGUGCUGGGGAACCUACUCAUCAUGCUGACUGUCAGCUCUGACUCCCACCUCCAUACCCCAAUGUGCUUCUUCCUCUUCAACCUGUCCUUGGUUGACAUCGGUUUCACCUCUACCACAAUCCCAAAGAUGCUUAUGGAUAUCCACACUCACUGUGGAGUCAUCUCCUAUACAGGCUGCCUCAUUCAGUUGUCUUUCUUUUAUCUUUUUGGAUGUAUGGACAGCCUGAUUCUGACUGUGAUGGCUUAUGACAGGUUUGUGGCAAUCUGCCUCCCCCUCCACUAUCCAGUUAUCCUGAACCCCAGGCUGUGUAGCCUUCUGGUUCUGCUUUCCUUUAUCAUCAGUCUUUUGGACUCCCAGCUGCACUGCUUAAUGGUGUCACAACUAAUAUUCUGUUCCAAUAUGGAGAUUCCUCAUUUCUUCUGUGACCCUUCUCAACUCCUCAAACUUUCCUGUUCUGACACCAAUAACAUAUUAAUGUAUUUUCAUGUUGCAAUCAUUGGUGGAAUUCCAGUCUCAGUGAUCGUUUUUUCUUAUACUCAAAUUGUUUCCUCUGUUUUGAGAGUCCCAACAUCAGGUGGGAAGUAUAAAGUCUUUACAACCUGUGGAUCUCACCUGUCAGUUGUUUCCUUAUUUUAUGGAACUGGCAUGGGAGUGUACCUGAGUUCAGUUUACUCACAUUCACCCAGGAAAAGUGUGGUGGCUUCAGUGAUGUAUAUGCUCAUUGCUCCCAUGCUGAACCCCUUCAUCUACAGCCUGAGAAACAGGGACAUCAAGACAGCCCUGAGGAGGAUCCUCAGGAGAAUAUCUUAG